AUGAUGAUCCUGCAACACACCUUUCAUCCGUCGCCCAUCAUGAGGUUCGACGCCUACGUCCUGGCGGCCAGCAUCUUCAACGCUACCAUUGGCCGAAUAACCCCUCGAAAUAAUGACUCGACGUCGAGGAGUGCUUUCAGGACUUGCAGACGGAUACAGAGCGCUCUUGGCCCGGAUGUUGUCCAGCUGUCCGGGGCGGAAUAUUCGGCAACUGCGUCCAGUGCAUGGAGCCUCUUCAACGCCGCAAGCCAGCCGACAUGUAUUGUCUUCCCUCAGAGCGCGAAGGAUGUCCAAGUCGCGAUGGGUGCCAUUUUCCAAGACAAGAUUCACUACGCGGUCCAGUCUGGUGGACAUAGUGCUAUGACUGGUUGGAAUACAGUUCAAGAUGGCGUUCUAUUUUUCUUCUCGCGCAUGAAAAACGCCUCGUAUGAUGCCGUGAAGGACACCAUCACGCUCCAGCCUGGAAUCCGCUGGGGAGAAGCUUUGACAGAACUGGAAUCCCUCGGCGUUGCACCUAUGGGUGGAAGAUUCGGUGAUGUAGGAACUGGACUUCUCCUUGGUGGUGGACUCAGUUACCUUUCUGGCGAACAUGGGUUUUCUUCCGACGCAUACGUCGAACUUGAUGUCGUACUGGUAACAGGAAAACUGGUCACUGCAACCGCGACGAACGAAUAUAGUGACCUCUUUUGGGCGCUCAAGGGUGGCGCGAAUCGUUUUGGAAUUGUGACGCGCUACGAAGUACAGGCCAUCCAUACGGGGACGAACGCAGAAAAGAAUUGGUUUGGCGGCUUUAUUAUGUACCCAAACUCGUCGGCAGAUGCGCUGCUGCAAGCGACUGAGAAGUUUGUGAGAAUUGUGUCGGACCCCCGAGCUUCGCUCCUCAUGGUGUUUGGGUAUACCGCGAACGGAACGGAGGUCACUCCCAUCCACUUGUUGUCUCUCUUCUACCAUGGAUCGGCCCUUCCGGAGCCGAUAUUCGGAGACUUCCUCUCGAUCCCGGCCACCUUGACCCAACUCUCCCCGGUGAGCUAUGUCGAAGCAAAUAGUCUCCUAGGUCCGGGAGCGGACAGAGGGUUUGGCCAUCUUUUUGGGGCUUCCGCAUUCAAUAAUUCCGUCGGAGUGGAGACGUAUUUUACUUCAUUCAGAGAAUUUUCAGACUACACACUAAAGUCAAAGAUACCCUCUCCUCAAAUGUGCUCGCGUUCACGCCAAUCCUAG